AUAGUAUUUAGAACAGGGUUAAGGAUGUCCCAGAUGCUAUAUGGUUAUGCAUACCUUUAUAUGAAAUCUCAUUUUAUUUUUUUCACCUUUCCUUUAUGCAGCAACACAUAAAGAAAUCCAACAUGAAUAUAAUGAAGAUAUUUUACUUGUUUUUGAUUGAGUGCAUCAUCAUAGGAAUCAGCCUACCUUUUGCGGAGACUAAAAUUGAAGUCCCUACGACAGUGACUGCAGGUCAAAUUGAAUUAAACGGUGAAGUAGAAGAUGCAACCGUCGACUCCUGCCCUGAAUGCAAAUAUACAGGAUAUAUUAUAAUAUUAUCGGCUAUGGUAACAAUUGCAUUGCCAGGAGCAUUUGGAUGGUAUCUCUAUUACCGACUAAAGAAGAGGAAUGCAAUGACCGAUGAAGAAAAGGCAUUGGAAGAUUCAAAGCCUGAUACUUUGGAUUCAAAAAUACCUUUGGACAAUUUCAAGCUCCUCUAUGAAAAACUGAUUAAGAAGAAGACAACUGAUAAUGAAGAAAAGACAACAGAGGAUUCACAGCCUGAGACUUUUACUUCAAAAAUACGUUUGUGGUUGGCUACAAACUGCACUGUUGAAAAGUUCAAGCUCCUCUACAACACAGUGAGAGAGAAUAAGACAGUAGAAAAAAUAAUUGUGUGGCUAUCAACAAACUGCACUGUUGAAAAGUUCAAGCUCCUCUAUGACAGACUGAGAAAGAAAAAGCCAAUCUACGAUGAAGAAAAGGCAAUUGAGAAAUCACAGCCUGAAUCUACACCCUCUAAAUCUGAAACUACUGCAAGGGAUAUGCUUGACACGGGCGAGAAGACAGCCACGACUAAGGAAGAUAAGGAAGACAGUGCAACUAAACAGAUCAAAGUCACAAAGAAGAAAAAGAAAAAGGCUUCUGUAAAACAAAGUACAGAUGAGCCAGUACAACCUGAGCAAAGCCCACAAACACUUGCUUUGCCUAAAAAGAUCAAAGUCACAAAGAAGAAAAAGAAAAAGGCUCCUGUGAAAAUAUCUGUGGAAGAGUCAAUUAAAACUCUUUCUGUAAAACAAAGUACAGAUGAGCCAGUACAACCUGAGCAAAGUCCACAAACACUCGCACUGCCUAAAAAGAUCAAAGUCAUAAAGAAGAAAAAGAAAAAGGCUCCUGUGAAUAAAUCUGUGGAAGAGUCAAUUAAAACACUUUCUGUAAAACAAAGUACAGAUGAGCCAGUACAACCUGAGCAAAGUCCACAAACACUUGCACUGCCUAAAAAGAUCAAAGUCAUAAAGAAGAAAAAGGCUCCUGUGAAGAAAUCUGUGGAAGAGUCAAUUAAAACACAUUCUGUAAAACAAAGUACAGAUGAGCCAGUACAACCUGAGCAAAGCCCACAAACACUCGCUUUGCCUAAAAAGAUUAAAGUCAUAAAGAAGAAAAAGAAAAAGGCUCCAGUACAACCUGAGCAAAGUCCACAAACACUUGCACUGCCUAAAGAAAAUGCUUGUGCCGUCGAUGUAACAGAAGCAGAACAGCAGCCAAUGGUCCCACUCGCAGUGAGUGUUUUAUCCACAGAAACGAAAGAUGUUCAAACAGAAAUCUCCAUAUCACCAAUUAUUCCAGAGUGCCAACAACCUUUAGUAGAAAGCCAGGAAGAAACUCCUUGUAACGUUUAUUAUAAGAGGAAAAUAGUUUUGACAUGGGUGGAGGAGAUCACAGAUGAUGAAGAGGAAACAUCUACUCCCCAAGUAAAAGAAUUCCAUAAAUAGAUCGAACAUAACAGCUAACGAUACAACAUUGAGUUGAUUUGGAUCCAUUAUCCGAGGAACACUUUCGAUUUACUGAGAAUAUUUCUACAAACCCAGACAAAUGGAUUAUAAUAAUAAAUAAAAUAAUCAAAAUAUA